AUGGAAACAAAAAUGAAUGCUGAUCCAUGGGCAAAUCCGAGGUUCCAACUAUGGAGUGUAAGCAGUGAACCACCGCAAAACACACCGUUAGUAGAGUACGGGAAAGCAAACGAUAAGAGAUUCACCAUUAGAGUUGUACAUGGCGGGUUUUUUACAGACUAUCCAGGUAAGUCGUAUCAAACGACAAAAGUUAACUUUAUUUCAUAUGUCAACAUCGAUUUGCUGAACAUGGAGAUGCUUGGUCGUUUUUUCGAAAAGCUUGGGGUAUACAACUAUGGGUAA